AUGGCUAACGAGACUCGGUCAGUCCCUGUUGCGCCAGUGGAUCUGCCUGCAAAGCGUGAGUUUCUCUUAGAGGUUCGGGCCGCUAUCGCCGCCAUGACCAAUGUGAACCAAUCCGAGCUUGACGCGCUUCAGAUGAAGCUUCUAGACUUCGAAAGGCAGAAGAAGCAGCGAGAAUCAAAUGCAUUUUUCAACGCAUGGCGUCGCGCAAACCCCCAGGUGACAUGGCCGCCACUGAAUUCGCUUUCCUCUGGCCUCGCGAAAAAGAAUGAGUUGCCUCCUCGCACUCCGCGGAAACCAAGCCGGGACGUGCGCAAGCUGUUCCGGCGGAGUGACGAUUCCGCAGCCAAUGAGCGAAGAGCAGAGGACGCGCAAGACAGUAGCAAGGCGCGGCUUGGGGACGAUGAGAUCGUGAUGGUGCUGCUGGUUCACAACCGGCCGGCGUAUCUCAGACGGACGCUCGCAGCCAUGCGACGCGUGGAGGGCAUUCGAGAUGUGCUGCUCAUUGUAAGGAUGAGUGCAGGUGCUCAUUGUAAGGUGAGUGCAGGUGCUCAUUGUAAGGUGAGUGCAGCUGCUCGUUGUAAGGUGAGUGCAGGUGCUCAUUGUAAGGUGAGUGCAGGUGCUCAUUGUAAGGUGAGUGCAGCAGGUGCUCAUUGUAAGAUGGACGCCAUGGUGAGGGCGAUUGACUUCUGCCCCGUGAAGCAGAUCUACUUCCCCUUCUCCCCUCACCUCUUCAACCGCACCUUCCCUGCAGCUUCCCCUGACGACUGCCAAGGCCGGCUGCCUAGGAGCUCUCUCUCCCUCGUUUGCCCCCCACUCCCUUCCCCAUUGCAGCACCACUGGUGGUGGGCGAUGAACGCGGUGUGGGGGGGCGUGGCGGAGACGCGGGGGUAUGGAGGGCACGUGGUGUGGGUGGAGGAGGACCAUAUGCUCUUCCCCAACGCCCUGCGCCACCUGCAAGUGCUCCUCCACGCCAAGCACGCGAACUGCCCCCACUGCAUCGCCGCCAACCUCGCGCCCUCCGAUGUGCAUGAGUGGCAGGACAAGCUGGCAGAAUCUGAUGACGUGGCGAUAGAAGAUGGCACGUGGCUCGUUUCUAGUAGACGCGAACCUGCCGGGGCCCUCAACCAGGAGCUGUUCCGAAGUGGAUUCGCGGCGCUGAACGCCGCAUCUCGCGGAGGUUCAACGAUCCGCGCCGCGACGGAAGACCACAAUCGCGCCGACUUGGAAAUGGAGAAAAAUCUGAAGUCCAUGCGGGAUGAGGUGGAGCACAUGGAUUUGAAGACGGAGGAGAAUUACGAUCGCGCGGGAGCUAGACUGCUCGACCUUUUUAACGGAAGGAAGGAACGCGAAGCCCAAUCGUUCUUCGACAUGUGGCGUCGCAUGAACCCGCACGAGCCGUGGCCGCCUUCCUCGCCGCUCUCUCGGCGGCUCGAGGAGUGGAAUCGCCAGCCGGCGAGAGCGCCUUUGACGGCGGGAAACGCGGAGAAGAGCGGCGGCGGGAUGGGGCUGCUGGCGAAGCUACGCGCACAAGUGCGGCGAAGCGCGAAGGGGAAACGGGCUAGCAGUAGCAUUGCUAUUACUGGCAGCAGUAGUGAUAGCAACACUAAUGUUACUGGAACGCGAGGUCCGUGGAAGAAGCGGUUAAGCGACUCAGAUGUGGUGAUGGUGCUGCUGGUGCACAACCGCCCCGCGUACCUGCGACGCACGCUGGAGGCGCUGAGCAAAGUGGAAGGCAUCGAAGACACGCUGCUCAUCGUCAGCCACGACGGGUACUACCCCGAGAUGCACGCGCUGGUGCGCGGAAUCACGUUCUGCGCGGUCAAGCAGCUCUACUUCCCGCUCUCCCCGCACCUCUUCAGCGCCUCCUUCCCCGCCGCCUCCCCCGCCGACUGCCGGGGGAGAGCGCAAGGCGCCUCAGGGGUGCGCGGGGAGGGCGCGCGAGGGGGGGAGUGCACGGGUCAGGCAGACCAAUACGGGUCGUUCAGAGACCCGGGGAGGCUGUCUCUUAAGCACCACUGGUGGUGGGCGAUGAACGCGGUGUGGGGGGGCGUGGAGGAGACGCGGGGGUAUGGAGGGCACGUGGUGUGGGUGGAGGAGGACCAUCUGCUCUUCCCCAACGCCCUGCGCCACCUGCAAGCGCUCCUCCUAGCCAAGCACGCGCGCUGCCCCCACUGCAUCGCCGCCAACCUCGCCCCCUCCGAUGUGCACUCGAUACAGGACGACGAGCCAGGGGAGCUGGCAGCGGAGCGCAUGUGCAAUGUGGGGUAUGCGUUUAACCGCAGCGUGUGGGAGCUCAUUCACGCACAGGCCAAGCCGUUCUGCCUGUACGACGACUACAACUGGGACCUGACCCUCUGGUCCUCCGUGCUGCGCCGCCUGCCCUCCUCCUGGUCGCUGCGCUGGUCCCGCGCCAGCGCGCACCACGUGGGGUCCUGCGGGCUGCACUCCGGGCAGGGGGACUCGCAGGGCAAGAGUAACACUAGUGCAGCUGCUGCUGUGACGGGGAGUGGUGGGGGAGGGAGCGAGACGGAUGGGAAGGAGGGGAAGGAGGGGAAGAGUGUGGGGUGUAGUACAGGAGAGGAAGGGAUAGAGAAGGUGCAGUUGUUGGAUGAGGACCAUUGGAUGAUGGUGAAUGCCUCGGCUCCCAUUGUGGAACGAGAGGAGGAGAAGUGGUGGAUGAUUCGGGCGCAUGGUGCACGACCCCGUGGGAUUGCUACAACCUCAGCUCGUCGCUGUGGGGCAGCUCAACUGAUGUGCUGCUCAUGCCCGAUUUUCUUCCUGUAUCACCUCCCACGUAUCCUCCCCUCUCUGUGUUCCCUGCUGCCACCCCCCAUCUCCCCACCGCUUCCCCCUGGUCCCCGCUUCCCCACAACCUGCCCCCUCUCCCUCCCUGUCCCCCGCUCUGUGCAGUCGGGAGCGUGGUGCACGUCCCCCUGGGACUGCUACAACCGCAGCUCGUCGCUGUGGGGCAGCUCCAAGCACUUCCCUGACGUGCUGCCCACACCCGGCAUUCUCAGCGCCCAGGGCGAUGUCAACCCGGACCUGUACGACUGGAAUCUGGUCAUCUUCCCUUACUGCGAUGGGGCGUCCUUCUCUGGUGACAGGCAGGACCCUCUGGUCUUUGAGGGAGUGCCGCUCUUCUCUCGCGGGCGGCCCAUCCUCGACUUCCUCCUCGCACACCUCACAGCAAGAUUCCACAUGGGCACUGCACAGCGGGUGCUUAUAUCGGGGUGUUCAGCGGGCGCCCUGGUGGUGUACCUACACUGCGACUACAUCCGCCACGCUCACAUGCCCCCCUCUGCAUCCGUGCAGUGCCUUGCAGACUCGGGCCUCUUCCUUGACAUUCCAGACAUCAGUGGCGGCAGGGCGGCUCAGACGCUCUUCCGAUCCGUGCUCACCAUCCAUAAUGUGACUGGAAGUCUUCCCGCUUCCUGCGUCUCCUCUCGUCCACCUGAAGACCACUAUCAGUGUUUCAUGUCAGCACAGCUACUGCCCCUCCUCAAGACGCCCACGUUCAUCAUCAACAGCAACUACGACCUCUGGCUCUUGCGGCAUGCGCUCGCCCCACCAGAGGCAGACCCGUCAGGUGAACUCAUCGCCAGCUGCUUGAGGAAGCUGCACACAUGCAACCAAUCACAGCUCGCCACCUUGCAAGGCGUGCGGGACACAGUCACAGCAACUGUGGCACCCCUCCUGCCACCCGCGGCAGCCGGCGGGGGAGGGGAGCAGUUGGGUGUGCAGCAGCAGCACGGGGUGUUUCUGUUCUCGUGCCUGACCCACUGCACGAGCCACUACGAGGACCACUGGCUGCGACUCACCGUGCUCAACCAGACGCUGAUGCAUGCUGUGGGCAAGUGGCUGCGAACUGUGGACGCUACCACAGAUGCACAGAGCACCAGCAGCACGCACGGUGGCGUAGAUGGGUUUGAGGCGGCGCUGAUAGACUGCCCGUACCCGUGCAACUCGUGCAACGUGCGGAGGGGCCCAGAGCAAGGGCAGGCAGGGGUAGCACAAAAGCAGGUGGAAGCAAGUCAAGGGCAGGAGGGGCCCAGGCAAGGGCAGGCAGGGGUAGCACAAAAGCAGGCUGUUCAAGGGCAAGCAUUUCAAGCGCAGGUCAACACAGGUGGUGCUCAGGGGCAGGUCAAGACAGAUGCCCCACAAGGGCAGGUGGGAGCACAGGCAGGGCAGGUGCAGGUGACAGAGGUGGUGCAGAGGGAUGGGGGUGUGCAGGUGAAGACAGCGCAGGCUGGACUGGUGAAGCCAGAAACAGGUGGAGUUCAAACUACUGUGUGA